AUGAAUGUGAAUGAAGCUGGUCUCGUGACAUUAAGGGAGUAUUUUGAAGUGGAGACAGGGCUAUGUCCUGCAGGUACGAGAGAUGUGAGAGGAGACUUCCUCAGGUUGAAAGUUUCUGUAAUCGACAUUCGCCCAUCAAAAUGCUCUCUGCUGUCAGAUCCCAGCCCCAUUGCUACGAUUUCCAACCAUUCAGGUGAUCUUCCAAGGGAUCCUGGGGUGGCAGGUCCAAGAAUUAAGUCUCCCUCCCCAAGUAAACAUUUUAUUCGCGAUACAAACCAGCAGAUCCUAGUCCUGGAAGGCAAUACCCUUGUGGCGGUUCCAGACAAGCGCUGCAAACGUGGAGAAACCUUUUAUGUGUCAACUUUACCCACAAGAAAUACCAGGAGCUCAAAGGCAAAUCAGAUUGUUUUGGCUGUAUCUAAGGGAGAACGCUAUCUCUGCUGUGACAAAGCCAAAAAACCAAAGUGUCCUUCAUUAAAAUUAAAGAAAAUUAAAGACCUGAAGUCCCUAGACCCUAAGAAGCUCCUGCCCUUGACCUUCCUGAAGGAGAAGGCCGGCUCCUACUUCACACUGGAAUCAGCUGCCAAUCGAGGGUACUUUAUCUACACCUGCAGCAAACCCAGGCAGCCUGUAGGAGUGACAAAGGAGCUGGGGAAACAGAAAAAUACCCAAUUUGAAUUUGGAAACUCAUCAAGUUGCAAAUGCAAACAUGGAAGUCUCAGUGGGGCCCCAGGGCUUCUGGAGCAUGGCAAGUCACUUUUGAUCCAGUCUUCCCAGGAGGAAGGUGGGACAUCAAGUGUGAACAGAUGGGAAGAAGAAAUGACUGAAGGGUCUGGAAGAGUUGGCAGGCAGAGCCAGCUUCAAGGAGACCUGAAGGCAUGUAGCAGAGCCCUUGACACUCAGCGGGGCAUUCCAGUCAGAAGAGAUCCAGCUCCAGAUCCUCAGCAGGAUCAGAUGCAGGGAAAACAAUCAGACUGGGAACUUGGAGCACAGGCUGGAACUCCUUUGACUUGCUUGGACGUCGAUCCCUUUGCUUGUCUCUGGCUCUGCCGGGUGGGCUCUCCCCUCAUGGAGGAGGAGGACAUGUACUUGGACCUCUUUCUGGACCCGUAUACUGUCCAGGAUGACUUUCCUCCAGCUGUGUCUCAACUGUUCAGCCCAGGGGCGCCUUUAGAUGUGCACCCACUUAAUCCAUCCAAUCCAGAGACUGUGUUUAAUUCACAUCUUGACAGAGUCAAAGAAACAUCCAGUGAUUUUUCAUCUGUGGAUUUAAGCUUCUUACCAGAUGAGUUUCCCCAAGAAAACAAAGACCAGACUGUCAUUGGAAACAAGCAAGAAACUGAGCAAAGUUGUGAAACUCAAGAUCAGCAAAACCAGUUACUGUUGACUGGUUGGGAGGACAGUGGGCUGAGCUUGAAUAGCCCCAGUUCACUAGAUUCCCAUUCCCAUCUGCGCCCUGAUGGUGUUGACUCCAACCAGCCCUCUCCAGAAAAACUAAACCCCAAUGCCUUACCUGUGGCAUCCAUAGUGUCCAUGACACCAAUGAAUCCCAUUCCAGAAGGCUCUGGAAUUGUGCCUCAAUUACAGAACGUAGUUUCCACCGCAAAUCUGGCUUGUAAAUUGGAUCUGAGGAAAAUAGCUCUGAAUGCCAAAAACACAGAAUAUAACCCUAAGAGGUUUGCUGCAGUCAUAAUGAGGAUCCGAGAGCCAAGGACAACAGCCCUCAUUUUUAGCUCUGGGAAAGUGGUCUGCACAGGAGCCAAAAGUGAAGAGGAGUCUCGACUGGCAGCCAGAAAGUAUGCUCGAGUGGUGCAGAAGCUUGGCUUCCCUGUCCGAUUCUUCAAUUUUAAAAUUCAGAACAUAGUGGGAAGCUGCGAUGUGAAGUUUCCUGUCAGGCUGGAGAUUUUGGCUCUAACCCACCGCCAGUUCAGUAGUUAUGAACCUGAACUGUUUCCUGGCCUUAUUUAUAAGAUGGUAAAACCACAAGUGGUGUUGCUCAUCUUUGCAUCUGGAAAAGUUGUGUUGACAGGUGCCAAAGAGCGUUCUGAGAUCUACGAAGCAUUUGAAAACAUGUAUCCUAUUCUAGAAAGUUUUAAGAAAACCUGAGUGUAUCAUUGGGCUUCUCAUAUUGUAGUGAUCUGUAUAUGUGCUUAAGCACAGCAGAGAAAGAACAGGUUUCUUCUACAUGUGACUGUAGA